AUGUUGGAUCAGCGUGUAGAUGUCAGUCUUCACCUACACUCUCUCACCCGUCGCACAGUUGGCACAUUGCGAUCCAAAAUGUGCAAAAACGAGAACGAGGCGGCUGCUCAGUUGCAAGGAGAAACACGACACGUCGACGUAACGUACGUUCGCAACGGCCGGGGCUCCGCGAGCAAAGAUCGCGACAGCUCCAGGUGCCGACGACGGUUCGGUUUGUGCGGAGUCGUUGCGCCAGACGUCGGCAUAAAACAGCCGCCGCGCCAGACCUGCGCAACCAGGUAUCCGAGGCUCUUUUUACCGCCGCUGCUCCAAGGUCAGGAGACAGUCUUCAGCCAACUGCCCAGACCUUUUGAGCCUCAGAUCUACCGGGGAGAUUACGAAAACCUACUUUUUUCACGGCAUUUCCAGCCAAAAGGUUAUGAAGUUUCUUUCAGCUUCAUGAAAAUGAAAAUCUCAAUUCAAACUUUGCUUGAAUCCUUUCUGAGUGAAACCACGACAGUCUCCCAGCUGUCAUGGAAAGCUCAAUUGUUGCCGAAGCAUGACCAAAUAUUCCCAGGGAAUACCCACACAAAGAAGAAAGUUGAUAUGUUAUCACGGAAGCCAAUUAUCAUCGCUGCAUGGGCAAUGGCAACAAUUUCAAAAGUUGCGAACGAAGCGACGGGGGGCGACGGAGCAAACACGCCAUCGGCUCCAAGAUAGGCCUCUUUUAUCACUCGCCAUCGGUGAUAAGUGGAGCCAGAGGCCCAUAUAGGCACGAGUCGGGGUACUGUAGUCUUUGUUGUAGCCUUCGAUAAGAAAAUGACGAGAAUUCCAGCGAGGACCACACGUGGAAAAGCCACUUUUAUGACGGAGAUGAUGAAAAAAUGACAGUUCUGGAGCGAGCUCCGGUACUACUCUAA